AUGAUGUCAGAUGACUUCCCCUAUAAAAGUUUGAAUUUUGCUCCCAUGGUCCAUUGCAAGGACACUGGAGUACCACUGGCUGUCUGUUUGGAAAGACAAGUGAAAGGAGAAAUAUUGCUUGAUGUUAGUGUAGGGGCUAUAAUCUACCAGCUCUUAUCAGCCAGCAAUGUUUUCAAGAAGAUCUAUGUGAUGGAAUUCACAGAUGCCAAUAUCAAACACUUCAAGCAAUGGCUGGAGAAGGGUGAAGAUGCCACUGACUGGUCUUUUGCUUCCAAACGGGUUUGUGACCUUCAAGGCAAUAGAGAUGGAUGGCAGGAACAGGAAGAGAAAGUGAGAAGAGCGAUUAAAAAUGUUGUUAAAUGGGAUAUCUUUAAAAAUAGUUGUAUAGAUCCCCAACUUGUACCCAUGGCUGAUUGUGUCAUCAGUCUCUGGAUAAUAAAUGUAAUAAGUAAAACCAAAGAAGAAUUCCAGAGGAACAUGAAAAGUUUCACAUCACGGCUUAAGAUUGGUGGACAUCUGCUGCUCUUUACUGUGCUGGGUAUGACCUACUAUAGAGUGGGGCAGCACAAGCAUUUUAUCCUUACAGUGGAUGAAGCUUUUGUACGAGAGUCUGUGGUUAAUGCUGGGUUUGUCAUUGAGAAGACAGAUUUGUGGAAUGCUACAGUAGAGUCUGAUAUUGUUGAUUAUAAGCAUUUGCUUUUCAUCCUUGCUCGUAAGGAAAGAGAGGUCUAAAGGUGGAAAAUGGGAAGAUUUACAUUUCAGCUGACCCAUAUAUCUGCUGAUGUUACUCCCUUGAAAUCUAAACUAUGGGCCAAAUGUAAUAGAGUGAGAGUUUUAAAAAGUGAGAGAUUUGGUAAGGUUUUGUAGUUUUU